GCUCACUUCUCUGGCUGCCAGCGUCCAGUUGAGGGUGAACAGAUCGGCACCAGCUGGCUCCGCCCUUGGGAGACGUAGUUUUAUCAGCAUCUUACCUAGGAGUGCUCUUUGGCAGACCCAGGUAAAAGAGUGCUGCAGCACAGAAAGUACACCCAUGGUGAGAGAUAGAUCUCCUGGCACAGCAUUGUCCAGUGCGCCUCUGUCGUACUUGGCAUUAUACUUGGGCAAAACGGAGGUGCUGAUGCCAAGUCACUACUCUCUUAAGCAAGUGGAUUAGUAAGAGCACCGUCUUUGGAUCAGAGUGGCAGAUCUGUUGUGCAGAAGCAAGUUGGGCUUGAGAGGUCUGACCGCCAUGUUGCCACCAGUAUACAAGUCUGUUGAGUUGACGCAUGUCAGGUACCCUGAGGGCGAUGGACUUGGGAAGCUCCUGGCCCUGGCCUCCCUGGCCCCUUAUACCAUAGCCUUUGGCGCCUUCCCUGCGCUUAUCAUAUUCAGGCGGGAGCUGCAAACCAUGGUCUUCUGCUUAGGCUUGAUUGUCAAUGAGGCCCUCUGCCAGUCGCUGAAGCGCUUCUUCAUGGAGCCAAGACCACCAUCAUGUGCGAUCCUGGAGUGUUGUAGUUCCUUCGGAUGGCCUUCCAGCCAUUCCGCAUGGGUCACCUUCUUUGCAACUUAUUCCACGCUCUUGUGCCUUCGACGAUUGACCUUCUCCGAUUGGUUGAGCAAGUGGGCCGCUGUCGUCAUUCCCUGGCCCGUCGCAUUCUCCGUCAUGUGGUCCCGAGCGUAUCUAGGAUAUCAUACGUGGCGUCAAGUAUGGGCUGGAGGAGCCAUUGGGUGCUGCAAUGCCCUUGCGUGGUAUGUAAUAUCCGCUUGCGUCUUCAUUCCCACCUUUCGAACCAUUGAAGAUCAUCCCAUUUGUCGAUACUUGUGUAUCAGGGAUUCUAGUCACAUACCUAAUGUUAUGCUGGCAGAGUAUCGUCAUUCUCGAGUUGUCCGAAAGCAGAACGAGUUUGAGGGCCGCUGAGAGGAGGCAAGCUGAAGCUUUAACGACGCAACCGGAUAGAGAUCAAGUCAACAUUGUUGGUCAUUUAGUCCAUUCUUCUAUCCUUCUCAUCCGAUCAGAUGACGUCCUCUUUGAAUAACAAGCCAGCCUGCCAUGCAGGUUGCAUGCGCCCUUGAUUUGAGGGUUGCAGAAUCCCCAACGCAUUAAUAGUAGGGUGAAGUUUGCCUUGCCAUGCCGCCCAAUUAUGUUCUGCCCUUCGAGCUCUUAGUCUUGUUCUCUGUAGGAAUAAGGUACGAUGCGAUUGUUAUCAAGUCAUCUGCGUGGCAUCUGUCCAGGGAAUUAAAGCUAGGCUAAAACGGCCUCGUGGUGAAGAAUGUGCUUUACUGAGCAUCCAGGGCCACUAAUAACCUCUGCAUUGGACUCGAUGCUACGUAUACACUGUAUCCGAC